AUGGCUGAAAGGAAGAAGAGACUUUGUUCGAGAUCUCGCGAGAGGAAAAUAAAAAUGUCUGCUUACGAAAACGUAUCUCGGGGAGCUCUGAAAUUAAAAGGUGUUUCUGACUCUGGAAUGAAAAAGAAGAAAAAGAAGAAGUCCAAGGAAAAAGAGAGAGAAAGGCUGAUGCUUGAGCAAGCUCAGCAGCAACAAGCCAAUUCUGAUGAUGGUGCAUCUUCAUCCCAAAAAGAAUACAGAACUAAAGCUGAAGAGGCUUAUAUUGAAAGAAAAAAAGCAUUGAAACAGCAAGAGUUAUUAAAGAUGGCGUCCAAAACUCACAAAGAAAGAAUCAUGGAAUUCAAUGAAAAAUUGGGCAAUCUAAGUGAACAUUAUGACAUUCCUAAAGUUAGUUGGACUAAAUUUGUGCUGUGUGUACAUAUUAUGUAUGCUAGAAAUAAAUAA